GUUUAAUCUCGAUCCGGUAGCUUCCACCUGGUGAAGCGCUGAUUGAGAUUAUUUCGAAUGGUGUCUACUAUUUUAAUUUAAAUUAAAUUCAUAAUACAUAUUUAAAAACGGAUGGCAUAUUCUUAGGUUUCUCUUAUGAAGAUACACUUUUGCAUUUAUUAUUAUUGUGAAAUAAGAAGGUGAUUUAUUCUUUGUGACCCUACGAUAAUUUCCUUGUAAUAGAUGAGAAUUUUCUUCAGUGCCAUUAUCAUCUUUCCCCUUCUUUCUUUUAACUCACUGGCUAAAUCCUAUAGGACAGCCAACUAUCUUUACCUUAAAAAUCAAGAUAUCUUCUGAUUGUUUUAAACUAUUGUGUUACAGUAUAUGCUUUUAAUAGGCCAUAAUGUUGCAAAAGAUUUGGUUAGUUUAUUUGUGCUAUAUAAUUAUAAAUAUUGGAACAAGUGUAUUUUGUCAAAAAUCUGUUUCUGUAGUGUUAGAUUCUAAAUGGAAAUAUACUCCCCUUCAUUUAGAAACUAGUGAAUUUUUAGCAGAAGAAAAUAAUGAAUUAUUUUGGAGAUUUAUUUCAGAAGUAUGUAAAUUAGGACCUGGCUAUUUACAAAAUUUAAGCCAGCAAGAACAAUAUGAAGUUAUAUUAAAUAUAACUAGCAAAAUCCUUUCUCCAGCCAGAUUAGCUUUAUUGAAGUUUUCCCUUUCAUUGAGGAUUCAUUCUCCAGCAGUGGAGAUGUUUCAUCAAAUUGCAUAUGAUAAAAAUCUUCCAACUUCAUGUGAAUCUGUAGUUGAAAUUAAUAAACAAUUUGCAUGCAAUGUUGAAGAUCUUGAGAAACUACUAAUUUCUGUUGAAAGAGAUGAUGUUGAUAUUUAUAAAGUUGAUCAUCAUUUUAAGACAUUAACAUCAAAUUCAUUAAUUGUUAUUCUAUAUGGAGAAAUUGGAACAUCAUCAUUCAAUAAAUUUCAUCAGUACUUAAAAAAUAAAGCUGAGAAUCAAGAGGUAGAUUAUGUGAUGAGGCAUUUUGUUUUGAAUCGUUCAAGUGAAAAAGUUCGUCUUUCGGGUUAUGGUGUUGAAUUAGCUAUCAAAAGUACUGAAUAUAAAGCACAAGAUGACACAAAAGUGAAAGAAGAUGAAACAACACAAACUGAAGAAGGAAAUAAACAAGAUGAGAUAGAAGGAUUUGUUUUUUCAAAACUAAAGGAAUUGUAUGGUGAUCAAAAAGAUAAAUUAGAAGAAUUAAGAUCGCAUUUAGUUGAAAGUACUAAAGAAAUAGCUACUUUGAAAGUAUGGGAGUUACAAGAACUAAGCCUGCAAACAGCUCAACGUAUUUUGAGCUCAUCAAUUGAAGAAUCAUUAAGGAUAAUGGGAGAUGUUGCUCAAAAUUUUCCAAUUCAAGCUCGAUCUUUAAUUCAUAUAGGAGUAAGCAGUGAUUUAAAGAAAGAAGUAGAAAAAAAUCAACAGAUGUUCAUCCAAUAUCAUAAUAUUGCACCUAGUGAUACUGCAUUAUUUAUUAAUGGAAUGUAUUUUGAUAUGGAAGUAACAGAUAUUUUUACACUACUACAAGUUUUAAAACAGGAAACUAGAGUGAUAGAAGGACUCCAUAGUGUUUCAGUUCCUGAAUCGAAAGUAUCCAAAUUACUGAAAAUGGAUUUUAUAGAAGAUAAACAGGAAUAUGCAAUUGAUAUAAGAGAUUCUGCUGUACAGUACAUCAAUGAUAUUGAAACUGACAGACAUUAUAAAAAUUGGCCUGGUAGUGUACAAGAUUUAUUAAGACCAACAUAUCCAGGAAUGUUACGAAAUGUUAGGAAAAAUAUUUAUCAUCUUAUUAUUAUUGCUGAUCCAAGUCAGAGUGAUGCAAAAGAUAUUUUCAAAUUAGCAGAAUCAUUUUAUGUCCAUAAAGCUCCUGUCAGGAUUGGAAUCAUAUUUGCUGCUAAUCCUGAUACUUCUUUGAAUGGCUUUGAGAAUGCUGGAGUAGCUCUUUUAAAUGCCUUCAACUUUAUUGCUCAAGAUAAAACACCUUAUGAUGGCCUUUCUUUCAUUACAGAAGUUUAUGCAACAAGUGAAGGAAAAGAGUUUACACCUGAAAUUGUUAAAAAUCAUUUUCAUUCUAAGUAUCCAAAUGAAGAUUUAGAACUUAUUUUUGGGGAUGAUUCAGAUUAUGAUACAGGUCGAAGGUUGGCAUGGGAUUUCAUAAAUAGAACUGGAAUUGGUAAUCCUCCUCAAGUGCUUAUAAAUGGAGUUGCAUUAAAACAGUCUCAGUUGAAUGUAGAUAUGUUUGAAGAUGCAAUACUAACUGAAGUUAUGAGACAAACUCCUUUUAUUCAAAAAAGUGUGUAUAAAGGAGAUCUAUCUGAUUUUCACAAUGUUUUAGAUUAUCUAAUGUCUCAGAAAAAUGUCAUGCCAAGAUUAAAUCAAAAGAUUCUUACCCCUGGAAAGAAUUUUAUUGAUUUAACAGGAGUAGUAGUUGAAGGAAUCAAUCAAGCUGAUUUACCAUAUAUGUCACAAAAAGACUUUGCAACAACGUUUGCUGCACAUAUGAAUUAUUUGACAAAAAGAGAAGAAGUAGUGUUUAGACCAUUAACUUGGUGGAUAGUUGGAGAUUUAGAAACACCUGAAGGCAGAGAACUGCUGAAUGCUGCACUUGUUCAUCUAAAAACAAGUAAUGAAAUACGUAUUGGAAUUGUUCACAACCCCUUAAAUCCAGACUCUUUUAAAGAAAGAAUAAUUACUAAAGCUGUGUAUGUCAGCACAAAAGUUCUAAAUCGCAAUCAUGCAAAGUUAUUCAUUACAAAAUUAAUUAAAACAACAAAUGCAAUUCAGCUACUAGAAGGAACAAGAAAACCAAUUGAUUUUGCUCUUUCUGAUAUGAAUUCAGAUGAGUAUCAAGCUACAUUGGAAAAGGAAGAUGAUCAGUUUUUAGCAUUUCACAGUGCUUUUGCUCGGAUAGUAUUAGGUUUAGCUCCAGGAGCCCGAGCUGUUGUAGCUAAUGGAAAGAUUAUAGGCCCCUUUGAGUCUGGGGAGGAAUUUUUAGAUGAUGAUUUCAAUUUAUUGGAAAAAUUUUCCAUGAAUGUUUAUGGUGAAAAAUUAAGUAAAGAGCUAAAGGGAGAAAGUGAAACAGCUGAAGCAGACAGUAAUAUAAUGAUGAAAGCAACAUCUGUUCUGUUAGCCCAAACUAACUCAAGAACAAGGCAUGAUAUCAAAUUUUAUGCUGAUAAGCAUAGUGUGUUAAAAAUUCCAGCAUCUGAUCCGGAUGAACCAGCACAUGAAUUAAUAGCCAUUGUUGAUCCAGUAUCUAGAGGAGCUCAAAAACUCUCUGCGAUUCUCUUGGUUCUUCAAAGAGUGAUUAAUUCUCAUUUAAAAAUAUUUUUCAAUUGCAUUGAUAAACAUUCUAGUAUGCCAUUGAAAAGUUUUUUUCGUUUUGUGUUGGAACCAGAAUUACACUUUACCUCAAGUAAACAAACUGUACUAGGACCAAUGGCACGAUUUAAUAAAUUACCUACAACUUCUUUGCUUACUCUUGGAAUGAUAACACCAGAAAAUUGGAUGGUGGAAUCUGUCAGAUCUCCAUAUGAUUUGGAUAAUAUUCAUUUAGAACAGGUUGAGAGUGGAAUAUAUGCAGAAUUUGAACUUGAACAUUUAUUGAUAGAAGGUCACUGUUUUGAACAAACCUCAGGAAACCCACCACGAGGUCUUCAGUUUACCUUAGGUACGAAAACAUCUCCAGUAAUGGUUGAUACUAUAGUUAUGGCUAAUUUGGGAUACUUUCAAUUGAAAGCAAAUCCUGGUACUUGGCUCUUACGACUUCGCCAAGGUCGGUCUUCAGACAUUUACAAUGUGGUCAGUCAUGAAGGAACAGAUUCUCCUAGUGGGUCUACUGAGGUUGUAGUGAUCAUAAGUAAUUUCAGAAGUCAUAUUAUUAAAAUCAGAGUUAAUAAAAAACCUGGGAAACAAUAUGAAGAACUUUUAUAUGAUGAUGAUGAAGAUAGCAGAAGUGGUAUAUGGAAUACAAUUACAAGCUUACCAAUUAUUGGUGGAAUUAUAACCGAAUGGGAGGAAAUUUGGAAAGCAUUAUCAAGUUCUUUCAGUGGUGAUUCAAAGAAUAAAGAUGAAGAAGAUGAUGAUAAAAUUAAUAUAUUUUCUCUAGCUUCAGGACAUUUAUAUGAAAGACUUUUGAGAAUAAUGAUGCUGAGUGUACUCAAAAAUACACAAACACCUGUUAAAUUCUGGUUUCUUAAAAAUUAUCUCUCACCCACCUUUAAAGAUUUCCUUCCAUUAAUGGCUCAGAAGUACAAUUUUGAAUAUGAACUUGUUCAGUAUAAAUGGCCUCGUUGGUUGAAUCAACAGACAGAGAAACAACGUCUCAUCUGGGGCUAUAAAAUAUUAUUUUUGGAUGUUCUGUUUCCUCUUGACAUAAAGAAAAUAAUAUUUGUUGAUGCUGAUCAGGUUGUCAGAGGCGACAUGAAAGAAUUAAGAGAUUUGGAUUUGGGUGGAGCUCCUUAUGGUUACACUCCAUUUUGUGAUAGUCGAACUGAUAUGGAUGGCUACAGAUUUUGGAAAUCAGGCUAUUGGGCAUCUCAUCUAGCUGGCAGAAAAUACCACAUCAGUGCACUGUAUGUGGUAGAUCUGAAAAAAUUCAGACGCAUAGCAGCUGGAGAUAGACUGAGAGGACAAUAUCAAGGUCUCAGUCAAGAUCCUAAUAGUUUAGCCAAUUUAGAUCAGGAUCUUCCCAAUAAUAUGAUUCAUCAAGUAAAUAUUAAAUCCUUACCUCAAGAAUGGUUAUGGUGUGAAACAUGGUGUGAUGAUAAAUCAAAACAGUAUGCUAAAACAAUAGAUCUGUGUAAUAAUCCAAAAACAAAAGAACCUAAGUUAGUUAGUGCAAUGAGAAUCAUUCCAGAAUGGAAAGAUUAUGACACAGAAAUCAAACAACUUUUUGAACAGUACAAAGAAGGAAAGGUUUCAACAAAAUUACAGACAGAUCAUGACAAACAUGAAGAGUUAUGACCAUAAAAUUUUUUCCACAAACAUCUUUUGGAUAUUCCACAAAAAUAAAUUUUUUAAUUAUUAAAUUAA